AUGGUAACUCUGUUGGUCUUCUGUGCCAUAGCCCUGAAACAAAGCCAACAGGAAAAUGUGGACAAAAGAGAGCUUUUAGCAUCAACAGAGAUUCCUGUCGAGUACAUCGACCCAGCCUCUAUAGACCUUACCCCUCUAAUGAAUAAACUCAUCAAUUCAACACAGACAGGAACUCAGCAUCUCUUCUCCUUACUGAGUGUGACGUCUCACAGUUCACUGGCUCUGCACAAACUCACACUGCUGGUGUACAACAUCUCUAGUUUCCAGAUGAUUGACAACAGUAUGUUCCCCAUGAGGUACUGCUACUGUCUGACAAACAGAACAAAUGACCUCACAGACUUCACUGCCAUUCUCCUGGAUGUAAUGGGAAACUCAACCAGUUACCUACAUGAGCUGUUCAAGUCCAGCUCCAUAUUAUCAGUGAGCCAGAGGAACAGUUCUGACUGUAUUUACAUCUGUGUGAUGGCAGGAAAAACAGACAGAAAUUUCUCCCAGCUCUGGGACGUAGACUCCAUCACUCCUGUGUUUAACCAGACCAUUAUCGAGGAUUCUCAUAGAGGUUAUCGUUAUGGCUCAGGUUGUCCUUGGAGAUCAGAGUUAAACUUAAAGGGUAACCAGAGAGAGGACCUGAGUGAGAGCAGUCCGACAGUGAGUCCUGUCAAACUGCAGCCCUGUGUGUUUGAGCUCUGCAAGUUCUUCUCUCAAUGCCUGUGCCGAGGGUACAGUUACAAAAGCACCCUACAGAGGUAUUGUGUGGACAGCCAUCGGUGGUAUGAGACACACACAGAGGAGAUCUGCAGACGUGUGCGGAGAGUUGCCUUCUCUAAGAAUCUGAAGCAGAGGUGUCUUGCGAGGAUGUGUGUGAAAUUAUGA